AUGAACUUGACUGAGCUCGAGGAUCUCAGACAAACUCCACUCAAAGAGGACGCUUUCUCUGUUCCUACUCAGUCCUGCGAGAGAGUUGUACAGGAAGUCUCAACUGCUUCCCAAGCUGUGUACGGUCACGAGAGGAGAGAUGGAAUUACAGGAUACGUUACUGGAGCGAGCAUGGCUUUGAGUGGCCGUCACCUGAAAGUUGGUGUGGGCAGGUGGGUGCCCUGGGUUGCGCCCCUCGAGGAGGUGGUUGAGACGGGGAGCAAAGCCAACAUCUCUCUCACAGGCGUCGCCGUGGACUUCUUCAACAUCAUUGCCAACAAACUUAAUUUCACGUACACGACGGUGCUGUCACCUGAUGGGGAGUGGGGUCGACAACUACCUAACGGCUCCUUCACGGGCUUAAUCGGGAAAACGCAAAGAAAGGAGGUGGACAUGUCGCUGGGACCCUUCAGCGUGACGUGGGAGAGGGCCCAGGUGGUGGACUUCUCCUCCACUCUUUACGUGGACGGCUUCGGCAUCUUCUUGCCACGACCCAGGCUGGAGCGAGACUUAGCUGGAUUUAUCAAACCUUUCUCCUGGCAGGUGUGGGUGGUGCUGGCGGUGGUGUUGGGGUUGAGUGGAAUUGUGGGCUCCAUUUUGAGCUGGCUCGCUACCCCUCAGCUUUUCUCACCAAUUAAGACAUCUAAUGCCACGAUCUCACCUCCUGGGCACAAAUCCCGAAAUGAUCCGUCCACCGAGGUGUUCCAACACAGCUGGCCUGUACGAGCUGUUCUCAGAGAGCCCGUCUGUCACCUCCCACGGACUGCAUCAGGUCGAGUGUUUCUUGGGACGUGGCUAAUAAGUGCCCUUAUCCUCACCUCAGCUUAUCAGGGUAUCCUCACCUCCUUGCUGGCUGUGCCCUUCGUCACUGUGCCCGUGGAUUCACUGGAGGACCUUGUUAACUAUGGCAAGAUCCCCUGGGCCAACGAGAAGGGGACGUCCAUGCACCACUUCUUCAGUUCCUCCAAGUCUGGUCUGAACAAGAAGGUGUACGAGGGCAGCUCCUUCGUCUACAGCUGCAAUGAGGUGCAACACACCAUCAGGAGAGGCGACCUGGCCGUCAUCUGUGACUUCUUCAGCAUGAGGAAGGUGAGGCAUGAGGAAGGUGGGGCAUGGGGAAGGUAA